AUGUCUGAUCAUUCUAGCAUCUCGAUCGUCCCGCUGCUCUCGCGUGCCCUCCACCGCAUCCGCUCAACACCUCCAAGGAUCAUUGCAUCCCCCGCUACUCAACCCCGGCGCGCCGCAGUGGCGAUCAUCCUGCGCGUCUCACCCCCACCAAACCACGUCUUCCCUGCACCCUCGCAGCCCGCUGACAGCGGCUCGCCCGCAAAUGUACCUGCACCGACACUCUCGGAGUUCUUCCAGCUCGACUGGGUGACUGCGCCGGGGGCGCGCCCGGAGAUCCUCUUCCUGCGGAGAGAGCGGCCGGAUGGACACGACAGUGGGCAGAUGAGCGGGAGCGGCCCAAAUACGCGUGAAGCACACGUCGCGUUCCCGGGCGGGAAAACUGAGGAGGGAGACGAGGGUGGACUGUACACAGCUAUGCGACAAACAUGGGAAGAAAUUGGCCUCGACCUCGCAGAGUCCUCGUAUACCCCCAUUGGCCAGCUGGACGACCGCGAAAUCACGACCUCGCUCGGAAAACGCCUGCUCAUGAUUCUAUCACCCUUCGUUUUCCUUCAAUUAACCCCGCAAACUACUCCGGUCGACCCCUCUCCGGGCACUACGCUGCACUGGGUCUCCCUCUCCACCCUUCUUCCAAGACCCGUCGGCGAUGGGCCUCGGUGGUCAAGUGUCUCCGUGGACGCUUCUUCGCGCCUGGCACCACGGCACUCAACAAUCAUGCGGAUUCUAGUGCGCCUCCUCGUAGGCAGCAUGAAGUUCCCCGCCAUCCUGAUCCCUGCCUCGCCAUUCGCCGCAGGCACCAUCGACGAAAAGACCAUCGACGAGAAGCGCGCGCGCGUCGAAGCCGCGGGCCCGACGCGCGAGCCUACGUUGCAGUUCCGCGCGCGGCACGACGGCGGAACGCUGAAGCUCUGGGGGCUUUCACUUGGGAUGACGCUCGACCUGCUCGCGCACAUGGCGCCCCCCGAGGCGCGCCGCGGGGGUGGGGGCGCGACGCUGCUCCCUCCGGACGCGGAGGCGGAGCUAAGACGGGUGCCCGUGAUGGCACCGAGUCUCGCGAGUGUCUUCCCGCGCUUUGGGUACCCCGACGUGAACUUCUGGAUAUGGGUGUUCGGGAAGCGGUAUCGCGCGGUUAUUCGCGGGUGGGAGACGAGCGUGCGGCAAGGGGGUUCGAACGACCGCAGGAUAAACUGGACAGGCUCUGCGUUGACAACGUUCUACGCGGCGGUGCGCAAGGCACUCGUCGUGGUGAUCGUCGUGCGCGCGAUUUUCGUGCUCAUGGGCCUCCUCUUCAGCGGGUGGCUGGUGUUCUUGAGGUGA